AUGCGUAUCGCAUUUGCAGUAUUUUUUCUAUUAAUUGCACAUGUUGCUAGUUAUCCAUCAUUACGUGAAGUUGCAACAAAUGAUGAAGAAAAUGAGAAUGAUUUACAAUUAGAACUUCGUUCGAUUUUAAAUUAUCUUGAUAAUGAACAAAUGGAACGAUCUGUUCGAUCAAAUGAAGAUAAACAAGAAGACGAUUCUGAUCAAAAUCAACGUGCGAUGAACAAACGACAAGGUGGUUAUAAUGUAAUUAAUCAAGAUCUUAAAUGUGAAAUCGAAUGUGUUGAUAAAUUACGAAAUCCCGAAAAAGGUCAAGGAAUGUCAAUUAAAAAUGCAGCUAAAGCUUGUAAAAACAUUUGCGUAACCUCAAGCAAAAAACGUGAACAGAAAAAUAGCAUUGUACAACAAAAGCAACUCCGAGAAUUUUCUAAUUAUCUUAUGAAACAAAUGCAACUUAAUGACAAUGAAUAA